GCGUUGGCUAUCGUUGGAGUCGUCGCACCAGUCGCACUGCGCCGCCACCCCGCCACCUCUUGGAGUGCGUCAGAAGCGCAGUGCACGAGUAGCAUGGGGUGUCGAGUUCUGUCUUCCCGUCAAAGGCGAAAGCACGUGCUUCUACCUCCCCAAAUUUCCUAAUGCCAAAAUCCCAUAGCUGACACCGACUUUGCCGAAAUAAGCCGGCGACAAAUGUAUUCAGUGGAGAUGAACAACUUUAUCGAUUGUAGGAAUAUGGAGCAAGUUUAUUUCGACCUCCUAUCAGGACCCCUUCUAGAAGAUGAUGAUAAGGAUAUGAUUGAGGCAGACUUGCCAUUUGAACUCCCAGACCUAUCUGAUGAUUUUGGAUCUGAAGUUUCGUGCUGGAUGCAGCAGAGUACCAUUUGGGGCAAAAAUGUGCCCGAUAUAAAUUCAGUAGGGGAGGAGGUUGAAGGGGACAUAAACUGGGUAAGCGACGUGCCUGGUUGGAUCAAAGAAGUGCCAAAGAUAGAGUCUUCAGAGGAAGAUGAGGUAGAUGUUGUGUCUGUUGACGACGACACCAAGUCUUUUCAAAACACAGAGCCCAGCACACCUACCAAGCCGAGCACUCAACCAUCGCCAGACAAAAGCCCAAAGAAUGCAACUGAAGGAGCACCUGUUGUUUCCAGUUCUCUGCUGGACCGUAUGAAAGCAGCCACUGCGAAAAAGCGGAGCCCCAUCUUGAUUCAGCCUCCUGAACGAGGCCGUCCAUCAAAGAAUGAUGCAGCUACCAACACCGCACCAUGUCCUGCUGCCACUCCUGACCACGAUUAUUGCACAGCGGCCAAGGGUGGCUCCAGUGCCGAAAACAACUCAGGGAAACACAAUCGUGCUGUGGUGCAACCUGUGUCCAGAUCGCCUUCUGUAACCAGGAGCUACCGCCUGCAAAAAUCCAGAGUGUCGAGGCGGCCUUCACGAUCACCUAGGCGGCGGCGGCGUUCUCGCUCCAGCUCUCCAUCUUCUGGAAGUUCAUGUGAAUCCUCCGAUGACUCAGUGCGGCGACGCUCUAAGCCAUCUCGCCGUUCUCGUGACUGCCGUACUUCAUGGCCAUCACAGCAGCGCCAGAAGGAGCCACGGAGGUUUAUGCCUUCCCCACCGCGUCGACGAAUUCCAGAUCAAAAGGAAGAGAGACGUGUGAUAUAUGUUGGAAACAUCCCGGAAGGGACUACUCGACUUGCUCUGCGGGAAAGAUUUGCUCGAUUUGGUCACAUAGAGGAAGUCAGUGUGCACUUCCGGGACCACGGGGAUAACUAUGGGUUUGUUACAUUUCGGCGGGGCUCUGAUGCCUAUGAGGCUGUUGAACAUGGCAACGAUGAUCCCAAGCUUCCUCGCUUUGACCUCUGCUUUGGUGGGCGCCGACAGUUCUGUCGAACCAACUGGGCUGACCUAGACUCGCAGUACGAGAGGUAUUACUACAUCCAGCGAGAGCCACAUGUUAACAACCUUGACUUCGACAGCUUGCUGCAAGCAGCGAAGUCCAAAGUUCAAGGAUCCCAACGCUACUGACAUCUGUGGACCUUAUGGUGUUUUCCUUUUAAUGGCGCCACACCCUUAGAGGUUUGGUUUGUGCCUGGACUGCUAUUAACUUAUUCUUCUGAUGUGAGGUGCUAUAUAGGAAUCAUAUUUAAUGUGUACAGAAUCCUAAGUGGGCUAGGAAAGUGUAAAUACACGCGGGGUUCCAUUUUAAUCUUUUAUGACCUUCAUGGGUUGAAUUGCGCCCAACAUGAGGGUCAAACUUGGAAGUCCUUCCAUGGCCUUGCAACUUGUUACUAUUUCUCCGCUUUAUUAUUUCAUGCAACACAUGUUUCCUUCUUGUUUAGUGCUGCAACAUUUUUGUGGCCAUCGUUAAGAGAUUGUAGUGUUAUAUUUUAUAACUUGUGUCAAGAGAAGUGUUGUUGCUUACUUUUGUUUUAUCGUUUUG